AUGUCUUCCAUCUCGAUCACGAAAGGGCCAAUUCAGCUCGCCGGCUUGCUGCACAAGCCUGCAACAUCGUCCAACGCCAAGUUCCCGGCAAUUGUGGUAGUACAUCCUGGCGGUGGCGUCAAAGAGCAGGCGGCCGGUCUCUAUGCAAAGAAGCUCGCUCAAGAGGGCUUCGUCACCGUCUCCUACGAUGCCUCGCACCAAGGCGAGAGCGGAGGCGAGCCUCACUUCCUGGAGGACCCAGCGGCAAGAGUCAGCGACGUAUGGAGCGUUGUCGACUACCUCGAGCAGCAGGAAUAUGUUGACGCCAACAAGAUCGGUAUCCUCGGCAUUUGUGCCGGUGGAGGCUACGCCGUUGCAGCUGCGAAAGCAGACUACCGUCUGAAAGCACUCGCUACAGUCAGUAUGGUCAACAUUGGCGAUUCCGCACGACUAGGCUGGUACGGGGAAGAACCUGCUUCUAAGCAUGUCGAGUCCCUCAAGAUGGCUGCGCAGCAAAUUUCAGCCGAAAACAAGGGCGCUGAGAUGGCUGCUGCGCCGUAUGUGCCGCCUCAACCAGACGACAAGACUCCGGCAGAUCUCAGAGAAGCACACGACUACUACCUUACACCACGCGCGCAGCACCCCCGUGCCGAGAACAAGAUGCUCUUUCGAAGUUUCCCGCGUCCCACUCUCCUCAUUGCGGGUGAGAAGGCCGGUUCUCUCUGGCACACGGAGAACCUGGAUAAGAAGAUAGGAGGGGCCACCAAGAAGGUGAUUGUGCCGAAUGCAGCCCAUAUGGACUUUUAUGACAACGAGAAAUAUGUCAAUCAGGCCGUCAAGGAUAUUUCGGAGUUUAUGAAGACCAAUCUGUCAUGAUCAAUCGUGUACUUCUAUUAGAAUUUGUGAGCUAUCCGACUUUCCAUUUGUCAGUUUCGUUCUUUGCGCAAUUUAAACCAUCCGCUAUAUUUCCGUCACUCUUGUCUCUAUGCUCUUUAGCCGGAGCUAACUGCCUUGGCGCAUUAUCCUCACAAGACACCUAUGAGUCUGUGCUGAUGGUCAUCAAUGAAUGAUGAGUUUUCGGACUUAUUUAUUGGGCAUGAGAAAAGUCCUCCAAUCAGUCUUUCUCAGAUUCACUAUGAUGUAGCAUCACCGGCCUGUUCGGCACGUCUAUCUACCGAGUGCAGAUCUUAUUCAUGAUCACCAAUCGUGAGGUAUUCCGGAGGAGUUUACCCAUAUAAUGGGCUAUUUAGCCUGAAUCGACUGCUUUGA